GAAAGAAAAAUUAAACUGCUGCUGCUGAUAAGAGUAUUCUUGGGGAGAAAGCUUUCUUUACAUCGCUCCUCCUUCUUAUCAGUCUUCUUCUCCUUCGCAUAAUUGAUAAUUCACUGAAAAACUGCGACCGAAGAAGCGGAAGAGGUUGAGCCCUAAGCCAUGAGUCGUGGAAGUGGAGGUGGAUACGAUCGCCACAUCACUAUUUUCUCGCCAGAAGGCCGUCUAUUUCAAGUUGAAUAUGCAUUUAAGGCUGUCAAGGCUGCUGGAAUUACUUCUAUUGGUGUUCGGGGUAAAGAUUCAGUUUGUGUUGUGACCCAAAAGAAGGUUCCGGAUAAGCUUUUGGAUCAAACAAGUGUCUCACAUCUUUUCCCCAUAACAAAGUACCUAGGGUUGUUAGCAACAGGCAUGACAGCUGAUGCCAGAACCUUGGUUCAGCAAGCAAGGAACGAAGCAGCUGAGUUUCGUUUUAGAUAUGGAUAUGAGAUGCCUGUGGAUGUAUUAGCUAAAUGGAUAGCUGACAAAUCUCAAAUCUAUACUCAGCAUGCUUAUAUGAGACCCCUUGGGGUAGUUGCCAUGGUUUUAGGCAUUGAUGAUGAGUAUGGACCCCGACUCUACAAAUGUGAUCCAGCUGGUCAUUUUUUUGGUCACAAGGCUACGAGUGUGGGAUUAAAGGAGCAGGAAUCAAUCAAUUUCUUAGAAAAGAAAAUGAAGAACGAUCCAGAGUUCACCUAUGAAGAGACUGUACAGACUGCAAUUUCAGCCCUCCAAUCGGUUCUGCAGGAGGACUUCAAGGCAAAUGAGAUUGAGGUUGGAGUGAUGAGGCAAGACAAUCCUGUGUUCAGAGUGUUGACAACCGAGGAGAUCGACGAGCAUUUGACUGCGAUAAGUGAACGUGACUGAAUUGAAUGGAGCCGAAAUGCUCUUUAACGGGCUCUUUGUAUCAGAUUAGUGUGUUUGAGUCUUGAGAUUAGUGUGUUUGUUUUGAGCAUAAAAGCCACUGCCACAAAAUCUGGAAGAAAUGCUGCCUUGUUUGUUCCUCCCCGUUUCUCCAUUUUUUUUUAAACACGUGGGGUAUGGAUUUGAACCCACGACUAAAGUAAAUGUCUUAACCAGUUGAGUUAUGUUCAGGUUCACUCGUUUCCAUCAUCCUUAAAUUGGUUCCAUUGUGUAGCUGUAGACGUUUCUAAGGUCAUUAUGCUGUUUAGUUUUGAGUUUGGACCCUUUUUUUUCUUUAUUUCUAUGCUGUGUUGCUAAUCCAACAUUUUAUAAUAUCCAGACUUUUGUUUAUUUCAA